GAAACUUGACAUCUGCGCGUUCCUGCGUUUUGUAUUUUUCGAUUUAAUGUACACUUAACUCGUCUGCUUUUUGCUUUAUUUUCUAACAUAAAAGUGAGCCCUAUACAUGACUAUACUUUUUAUCACAUGAGAUUUAUAGCCCGUGUUUCAUCAGUGACCUUUAUUAUAGAAUUGUAGGGGGUGGAAUGUGUUGUGCUAUGUUCGGUGGUCCCUAUGCCAUUCGUGCUGUGGUGACCAUCGUUAUUAUGUUUCUUCACCAGUUUGUGCUUAAAUAGUUUUGGUUCUGCACUCAUAUGAAAUGGAGAAGUCAACGAAGGCUCAAAUUCCUGCAGUUACAAAGAAUAUUCCUGCAAUGGAUAUAAAUUUUUCGGAAUGCACGGAAGAAAUGUCCAAAGUGAAUACAAGUGAAGAGACGGCGCCAGAGCGCGGUAACUGGACGGGCCGAUUUGAUUUUCUUUUGUCGCUAUUGGGCUACAGUGUCGGCUUGGGAAAUGUGUGGCGCUUUCCUUACCUGUGCUACAAUAAUGGAGGGGGAGCCUUUCUUAUUCCGUUCACGGUGAUGCUCAUAAUCGCUGGCUUACCGCUUAUGUUCAUGGAACUAUCUUUCGGCCAAUAUGCUGCUUUGGGCCCAGUCGCCGUAUAUAACAAGUUUUGUCCACUCUUUCGAGGCCUUGGUUACGGCAUGGUCAUAGUGUCCAGCAUCGUCAUGCUAUAUUACAAUCUUAUUAUAGCUUGGACAAUUUAUUACAUGGUAGUGUCUUUUGCGAGCAUUUUCUAUCAAUUACCAUGGCAAAACUGUGACGCAGACUGGAGCACCAAAAAUUGCUAUUCGUAUGAAGAAGCGGAUGAAUGCUGGGCUAAAAAUGGAACUUACUAUCUGCGGGAAUGUUAUAAUCAAAGCUAUCCUAAUAUAAAAGAGAUUAUUGCACUAGCAGAGACUGCACUUAGACGACCGCCCGCUGAAGAAUACUUUUCGAAUCAAGUAUUGGGGCUAUCAUCUGGCAUCGAGGAUACUGGGCAAAUACGGUGGGGCAUGGCUGCCUGUCUAUUCGCAGCUUGGCUUAUUGUUUUUCUUUGCCUUUGCAAAGGUGUUCAGUCGUCUGGCAAGGUGGUCUAUUUCACUGCUCUCUUCCCGUACGUCGUGUUGGUGAUUCUGUUUUUUCGUGGUGUAACAUUGCCUGGUGCUGCAAACGGAAUACUGUUUUACUUGACUCCCGAUUUUAGCCAGCUCGCCAAUGCUCAGGUGUGGGGAGAUGCAGCGGUUCAAAUAUUUUUUGCUCUAAGUCCCGCUUGGGGUGGUCUCAUUACGCUUUCAUCAUACAACAAGUUCUCCAAUAACUGUUAUAUUGACUCGCUUAUAGUUGCUGUAUCAAACAUAGCGACUUCAUUCUUUGCUGGGCUAGUAAUAUUCUCUGUAAUUGGAUUCUUAGCCCAUGAACUGAAUGUCGGAGUCGAUAGAGUGGUUGACCAAGGGGCUGGUCUAGCUUUCAUUGUCUACCCUGAAGUGGUCACGCGACUGCCUGUUUCACCGCUCUGGUCAAUUCUGUUUUUCGUCAUGUUACUCACACUCGGACUUGACUCACAGUUUGCGCUCAUGGAAACUGUGACGACCGCUAUUUUGGAUAGAUUCCCGAACUUUCGUCAGAAAAAAGUUUGGGUUGUGUUGACCGUGGCCGUGUUUGGUUACCUGGGUGGACUUAUCUUCACAACUAACAGCGGAAUGUACUGGUUGCAACUCAUGGACAAAUAUGCAGCGAACUGGUCAGUUCUGAUCAUCGCUAUCGGAGAAUGUAUUUUGAUAGCAUGGAUUUACGGUGCCGAGAAAUUUUGCCGAGAUAUUCAGCGUAUGAUUGGGCAUCAGUCGAAACUUUGGGUUUUCUUUUGGAGUGCCAUGUGGCGUCUGAUAACUCCGGCCGCAUUGGUGUUUAUUCUGGUUUUCAACUGGAUCGAGUAUAAGCCAGCAUCGUACGGAUUGUAUGUGUACCCCAUGUGGGCCGACGCUGUGGGGUGGACCCUGGGCGUGCUGCCUGUCAUUGUUGUAGUCGCGAUGGCCGUCAACCAGAUUUGCAGCGGACCUGAUGACCUGACUAUUAUGGAGAAAGCUCGGGUGUUAGCGAGACCAACCGAAGAGUGGGGUCCGGCUGGCACAACAUGUCUGACGUCGCUGCGAGGUGAAACUGAGCUGUCUCCUCCGGUCCUGCUCCUGCACGGACGUCCGGUGCUGCGCGAGCGCGGCGCUUGACCCCCGCAUGCUCAUCCGCUCAUUGCUAUGCGGAAGACAUCACAAGAUGGAGGAGACUCUACAUCUAUUACAAGUGGUGUUGAAAACGAAAUCAAAAAACCUUGUGCGGCGGUUAUAAAGAAUAAAAGAAACUCUAUUAAACGAAAAGUUCAGACCCUGAGCCACGAAUCUGAUGAUGCUGUAAUUGAACCGCUUUUACAGAAGGAGAAAGAAAAACCAGAAACACUUAAUCAAAGUGCAAAAUUUUCUAUAUUAAAAUCGAAGACUGACGCACAAAGCAAAGAUAGCGAUAAAGAUAAACUACUUCCCGAUAAUAAUGCUAAAACAUCUGGUCUUCCAGAGGUUUCACUUGCUCCGAGUACAAAAGAAAAUAUAUUCAAGUCACAGCCAAUCACAACCGCACCUUUACAUAAUCAUAUGAAUACAAACGUGUUUAGCAGCAUUGAUACCACCAAAUUUAGUACUACUACCAAAAAUCAAAUUCUUGUUGAAAUCGACGGAUGCAAGCAAGGUGGUUUUAAUCCUAGUCCGCUGAUUUUUACAACAGCCAAAAUUCAUACAGAUAAUAAAACAAAACAAAUGGAACCAGUUCAAGUAACUGCUGUGCCUAUUUUAUCAACGACAGAAAUCGCUAAUGCUGGGAAACUUAAGAAUGUGGCAGGUAUUACACAAGCCAUACCUGGCACAAGUGUUACAAAAGCAAAUGAAAGUUUUUCUGUUGCAAACACUACUGUCACAGCGGGAAAAGACAGUAAAUACAACAUACCCAAAACAACUAGCGAGACUAAAAUCCAAAACACACUCGCAGACCGUGCUGUUAAUAAUUUGUUGUUAAAAGAUUCUACAAAACCGUUAGCUGUUGCAACAGACUCCAAAUUUUCUAAGAGUGGUUCCAACAGGAUUGAGGAUAAAUUAUCUGAAUCACAGGUAUCAAGCAAAAUAGGCGAAGCUCUAAAAAAAGAUUAUUCAAUAAAAAGUUAUCAAUCACCGAUAUCGCAUUAUACGGAUACUAAAAGUGCAAAUGCUGUAUCUAUACCGAAAGCACUUUUACUGAAACUGAUAAUAUUACGGGAACGUCAAGAAAAUCUAAAACGGAAGACGUUAUUACCAAAUUAGAUAAAGCAAUU